AUGGCGUUUCUGGCGCUCAUCUCGUUAAUCACCUCGCCGCUCACCUUCGACCUCCAAAUCGCCAACUUCGGAACGCCGACCCCAAUCGUGCUGAGCACCCCGUCGAAGAAUUUGACAAUAUCGUUCCGCGACGGCCACAUCUUCGCCGACUCGAUCCCCGUCUCGAAGAUCACCGAAAAUGAGACGACCUCGUUCUCGCUGAAAUGCAUUUCGCACAUUUCGCUGCACUUUCAGAGCCCGCACGCCAAUUCGCUCGUUUAUUCGCCCACGCUGUGCUCGGCACCCAAUAUUGGUGAGUCUUUUUAUGAAAAUCCGGAAAAAAGCGUCGUUGACGUCGUCUAAAUCUCGCAAAUAGUCCAAAAAAUCGAAAAACUGGAGAUUGCAGUUGUAACAUUGAACUGUUUCGGUCUCUAGAGCUAAUGUAGUGGGCGCAAGUGCGCCCGCCGAAUAAAGCGACGUUUUGGCGCGAAAUUCAAGUCUUAACGGCAAUCUUCGUGUUUUUUUUUGCCAAAUUAGUUACAGAAAAUCGAUAAUUUCUCAACGAAUUAUUUAAGCUGCGCGAAUUUCAGUCGUUUUCUGCUCAUUUUUGCUGUUCGAGCGCUCAAAAAGCCUGUAUUCACGAGGUUUGUCAACAAAAAAAGUAAAACAAUGAUUGUCGAAAUGUUGUCCAUGUCAUCCUCUCUCCCUCUUUUGAAUUGUGAAUGAGUCCAUCCAUCAAUUGUUUAUUAUGGUCGGCGCAAAAGAAAACGCGAAAAUAUAUUGUACGAGAACACGAAAAUGCAUCCCAAAAAAGCGGCGUCUCUCUUUUCUGCCCAUUCCAGUACUUUUUUGCUCAUUUCCGGUGCCUUUCGGAGCAUUCGGAGCAUCAAGAUGAAAGAAAUAAAGUGCUCUUUUUUUGUUUGGGUGCUUUGAGCCGGAAUGCACACCGCAGAACCUUUGAGAAAUAGGAAAUUGAGGGGGUGAAAAAGAGGAAGGGAAAUGUAGAUAUCAGGUUACCAGUGGCUCCGAACACAUGUUGAAAAAAAGGGAAAUACUGGAAUUUGAGAAGAACAGGACUCUUUGCAACCGAUCAUGGUUGCGAAACGUCGGCCACAUGUUUCUUUGAUGUUUAUACUUGCACUUGAAGCCUUCCUUCCCCCUAGUGCGCCUUUAUUUCAAAACUUUAUGGGGAGAGAGAGCAUGUGUUUAUGUGUUGUGUAAAAUUUUUAGUUCUAGUUUUAAAAUUACACUUCAACGCCAAUUAGUCCGCUUUUCAGGACUCUCAAUCGACGAGACUCGCCUCAAAGGCUGCAUUUUCGACAUAACCCAAUCGGAGACGAUUCUAACGCAACGGAUAUGCGGGUGAGAAGACGCGCAAAAAAUAAGUGGGCUGAGCCGGGGAUCGAUCCCGGGACCUCUCGCACCCUAAGCGAGAAUCAUACCACUAGACCACUCAGCCGUCCGGCGCAGAGGGAAAGCAAGGGUUAUGUUGAGGCGGCGGGCGGCGAGAGGAAGGCGCCGAAGCGAGCAGCCGAUUGGGUGGCCGAGUUUUUCGGCGCACGUGGCCUAGGAAUGCGGACACGUGUGUCGCGGCCGUUAUCAUUGGAAACCAUGAAUAAUGGGCGGUCUCGUUUGCACUCAAUCAUUGGGCUUCGGCACCAGCUUCUUCUCCACCAACAUCUUGAAGCAAUUUCUCUUUCUCUCGCCGCCGCCGCCUUUCGCUCUUCCAACUAUUAUCCGUCUGCGUCUCGAGACAUUCGACACUUUCUCGAUGGUUUAAACCCGGGUCCUGGUGGUGGAAUCAAAAAUAAGAGCGCGAAAUCGAGGAGACGGCGAGAAAAAAUGGGAUAUGGGAGGGAAUUUGAUAGUUUGCGGCCGCGAUAAAAUUGGCACAUUCAACCGGGGAGGAGGGGGGGGGAUUUAUUGGGUGACAAAGUGGACGCCGAGUUGUUUGUGUGACCAAAACAUCCGCUAGAGGGGUGACGUUUGCAGGAUUGACUCGAAAAAUGCGGCGAAAAACCCGGAAAAAGGACCGAUUUACGUGGCGGAGCCGGUCGAAUUGAACGAGGGAGGAUCGAUGCCGUUGCAGUGGAUGAACGUGUACUUUAUGCCGAGCAGUCAGGAUGUCAACGUCUCACACACCGACAUAUUCUUCACGGUACGCAACGUUUCAAACAACUUGGGUUUUGAAGAACCAAACACCGAGUAGACUAAGAAUUAAGAAUCACUAAACCUAAGUAAGUCUAGCUUCAGAUUGUGGAAAGCGCAAAGCAUGGAGAAAUCCGGAUAGACGAAGUGGUGACCAGCUCGUUUACCUAUGCACAGUUGCUCGCGAGACGGGUCAUUUACAAGCACGAUGGCACUGAGACGCGGCAGGAUCGGUUGUCGUUUCAGGUACGAAAGACGCACGUUCUGUUCUGCUGACUUUUUAUGCUUCAAGCGUUUCGUUAGACGAUAGAAGUGUCUCAAAACGUUCCAUUUCAAUCCAUUCCAUUCCAGAUCGAGUUCGCAGUGAAGCACAAAGAUCUGGUGCCGGCCGAAUCGAAAACCUACACUCUCCGCUUCAAAAUCAACGCAGUCAACGACCCGCCGGAGCUUGUGAAACGAUCGAAAGACGACAAACUGUUGAUAGCGUCGAAGGGAAGUCGAGUGCUCACAAAUGAGAUCCUGGUGCUCACGGAUGCGGACGAUCGGCCCGAGAAGGUGCGCGUGCAGGUGGUCGAAUCGAGUGGAGUGCACGCGGAAGUGCACGGACAGAAAGUGCAAGAGUUCAGCCACAAACAACUGAUCGAGGAGAUGGUUUCGCUGGUGGACGAGGGAACCGAGCAGGGACACGGAAGGAUCAGGUGGGUCUGACAGACAGAGAUUGUUGCGAAAAUCGGAAAUGUCCGAGUUGUAGACUGAUCGCGAGAGACGGAGAGGCCAGAAGUGGGGUGGUGCUUCUCGAAACGCAAAGCACGAGGGUGGAUGUGAAGCUGGAAAGUAACACUGGUCUCAAGUUGCUCCAUCACUCGAGUGCUCUCAUCACAAACCGAAAUCUCUCAUUCGUCGCUUCCAUCAAGGACAUGAUUGUGUCCUAUCGUAUUGUGGACAUGCCCGACACCGGAGUCGUCGAGUGUCUCGGCGAGACGGACGACACGUUCUCAAUGUGCACGACGUUCACGCAGACGCAAGUGAACGAGGAGCAAGUUCGAUUCAGGCACACCAGUCAGAGCUCGUCGCCAAGUGACAUGUUCAGCUUCCAGGUAGGGCUGGCCUUAUUAUGCGGCGUCCAAAGUCUCGGAAACCCCCGCAAAACUCGCGGAUUUUGCAGUCCAAAGUCGGCAGAAAUUUCGGGGAGCGCACAGCUGAACGAGUGUUACCGUAUACCAUAAAACUACGGUAUUAUUUGAAAAAAAGUUAAAUUUCUCGAGAAUAUUUACAAUUUUUCAAAUUUCUUGGAUAAAUUUUCAACGGUAUUUCUUGAAAAAAUUUUAAUUUCUCGAGAAUAUUUGCAAUUUUUCAAAUUUCUUGGGUAAAUUUUCAACGGGUAUUUUUGAAAAAAUUUAAAUUUCUCGAGAAUAUUUGCAAUUUUUCAAAUUUCUUCUUGGGUAAAUUUUCAAAAAAUACCGUAGUUUUAUGGUGUACGGUAACACUCGUUCAGCUGUGCGCACCCCGGAUUUCCCGCAAAUUUCUGCCGACUUUGGACUGCAAAAUCGGCGAGAUUUGCGGGUUUUCGACUGACUUUACUUACUUCAAUCGUAUUGAGAUCUCUAGCAAUUAUCCACCCAUCCACCUUCCAAUUUCAAUUUCAAUUUCAAUUUCAGGUGGAAGCCGGCGAGUUCGCCUCGAUGGUUCACGUGUUCCGCAUCGAUUUCAUUCCGAUGAACAUCAAAGUGUUCACGCGCGAACCGUUCGUCCUGAACGGCUCCGAAACGCAAUCGAUCAGCCGUCAAAACCUCUUUUCGUGGACGUUUCCCAAAAGUUUUUCGGCGCACAAUUUGCUCUAUCACAUUGACGAACCGCCGAAAUUGGGCACACUGUCGCGCAAGUUGUCGGCCGGCAAACAGAGACGAAUCGGUGUCUCUUCGAAUUUCACUCAACAGGUACGGUACUUUUAUGGUAGCACGACGCAGUAACGUUUAGGACAUUGACGAAGGGAUCAUCAGCUACAAACUUCACUACCAACAAUAUUCGAUCGUCAACGACUUUUUCGUGUUUCGAGUCGUCUCACCGGCCGUCUCAUCGCCAUUAUUGAGAUUUGAUGUAGGCCAAAGUACGGUUGCUCACACGAAUCCAUUUUGUGACAGAUUGUGUACGUUCCCAAGGAAUCGUCGAUACGACUUGUGAACAAGACGAUAGUCGUGAAGGAGGGAGAGACCGCGUCGGUGAGUGCUUGCGCUCUUCCGGAUCUACCGUAACCCUGUCUCGCAGAUAACCGCCGACUUCCUCUCGCUCUCCACUCCCGACGACUCCAACUUCAUCUUCCGCGUCGUCAACCCGACGCUCCACGGUCAAAUCCGACUGAACAGCCGGGAAAUUCUGAAGAAAGAUUCGAAUUUUUCGAGUGACGACAUCUCAAAACACCGUCUCUCGUACUCGCAUUCGGGCGAUGAGACACGCGCCGACGAGUGCAGACUUUUGGCCAUUUCGCGCCAGAAUCCGAUGAGACAAGUACCGUUGACGCUCAGCUUCUCGAUCAUUCUGCUCAACGACAACGCGCCCGAGUUGGCGCAGAAUGUCACCGUUUAUGUGAGUUGCUAGGCUUCAGAGUUGAGCGGAAGAACUCACGGAAGAAUUUUUAUCUUUUUUAGAAAAUUUUUUCAUGAAAUUUGAUCAACUGACGAAAUGUAUAGCAAAAUGAACUGUGCUCAUAGAAAAAAAAUUGUAAAUUUAGCUUUUCAUACAAAAAAGUUAUUCGAGUUUUUCCGUGAAAAAAGGAGGGCUGACGGAAGACGGAAGGAAUAACUUUUUUGUAUGAAAAGCUAAAUUUACAAUUAUUUUUCUAUGAGCAGAGCUCAUUUUGCUGUACAUUUUGUCAGUUGAUCACAUUUUAUGAAAAAAUUUUCUAGAAAAGAUAAAAAUUCUUCCGUUGAGUUCUUCCGCUCAACUCUACUAGGCUUCACGGUGUUUGCGUACUUCCGACCGUAACCCCCUCCUCAUUCCAGAUGGUCGAACGUGGCGAACGCGUGCUCCACCCGUUCCUGCUUCCGUGGAUCGACGCGGACGUCGACUCGUCGGCCCUUCUCUUCGAUUUCACCCAAAACAAGGACGCGGCGAUCCUGUCUACCGUAUCCCCGUACCUCCCGCUCACCUCGUUCACCCAACACGAUAUUGACGAGGGAAAAGUGAUGAUCCGCCACCUGGGACAUCACGGAGAGUUCUAUAUUGGGUUGGUCGGUCGGCUGGCGUACUGUACACGCAAAAUUGCGUAUUUUAGGUAUACGGUAUCGGACGGUGCUCACCGCGUCGACGGAAAGAUGCACGUGCUGGCCGCGAAACCGGAUGUUUGGAUCGAGAACGCGGAAAUUGUGAUGAUUUGCGGCGCACACUUCCCGCAGACCAUCCGACUCUCCUCGAACAACCUGACCGUACGCACCAACCUCGACGUCCGACGCGAAGAUAUCGUCUACUCGAGCAAUUCCACACGAUUCUCGGUUGGCAGCACUCGGAGAACGGCGCAAAAGUUCAGCCAAAGAGACAUUGAAACGGAGUCGGUUUGGUAUGCGGUCCCCGACGGCGAUACGGUAGAGAGGAUGAAAGUGGCGGUCGCGGAUCGGGUUCUAGAAGUGAUGGUGAGUGAAAUUGGUGUGAUCAACUUUGAGAGCAUACUGUAGUUCUUGAAAGCUGAGGCGCAUGAGCUUCUAGCUGAUUCUAGCUAAGAGCUACAGUAGCCUUUCGAAGUCUACCUACCUGAAAUGUUCAUCACAGCUCCGCGUGCGUUGCGAGAACACUCUCGGCUCGUUCACCUACCAACAGCACCGAAUGCUUCGAGUGCCCGUCGGCGGAGCGGUUCUGAUCGACAAGAACCUUCUGGAAGUUGCGAUGAUCGAGGCGGAACCGCCGAUCAUCUACCAAGUCGUCAAGCAUCCCGCCUUUGGCUACUUGUCCCUGGAUUACGGUAUGUGUCGCCACAGUAAUCCGAACCACUUGUUCUUGUUUAAAGAAAAAUCAUUCUCCUCUCGAGUUUCUCGUUUUACGGAUCGUGACGUGGCAGCGGGAAGUGUCCAAUACGUGCACAACAACGCCGAUCAUUCGAACGACUCCAUCGAAUUCCAAGUCCAAUUUAUUAAUCGAAAUUUGAGUUUCAACCUCAAAUUGGAUAUUGACGUCUUCCAGAGAAAUGUAAAAACCUACCGUACCACACGUCUACAAUACGCCUCCGAGUUCUUCUAGAUCACAAUUUCGACGAAUUUGUUCUCGGUGCCCGGUGGCGGACGUGCUCCGAUCACGGCCAACUUGUUGAGAGUGACUACGAGCGAGAAUGAGGAGGCCGUGAUUACGGUAGUCUCGCCGCCCACGUCCGGAUGGAUCACCACGGACAAUGUGCACAAUGUGACGAGCAUUUCGAGCAUUGGUGAGUGCCGCUUAUUCAAUACAAUGUAUCUCGGUUACAUGUGGAGCUAUCAAAAAGUUGUCAACUGAUAAAGUGUUCACUAAGAGAUUUUACACAUUUUAUCAGUUGACCACUUUUUGAUAUCUCUACAGACAACUGAGAUAUAGCGUCUUGAAUAAACGAAAAGAGCUGGAGUUCUUGUUACCACCGUAAUCUCUACAGUACCCUACAGUAACCUCUCCUACAUGUUCUCGAUAUUGUAGUUUCACUCUGUCUGAGGCUACAAUAGAUUGCCUAGAUUACCUUGUUCCAGCCACAUUCACCACUCGAAUGAUUGAAAACGGUCAAGUGUGGUUCGUGUCGGACGGAUCGCAGGGGAACGACAGUAUCGGAGUGCGUGCCUGUAUCCAGGACCAGUGCACCGGAACCCAUUUGAUGCAGAUUACGGUUACGCGGAUCAAUGAGAAAGGUAGAGUUACAUUUUUCGGGUCUUGACACGGAAGCGUCUGAUUUAGGCCCAAUACUGACCAGAAAUGAGGUGCUACGAGUGAGCGGCAACAAGGCGCUGAUCACGAAUAGUCAUUUGGAUGUGGAGGUGCCUACAGUAACCCUACAGUACCCACAGUACUUUUGUUUUGUUGCAGGACGCCGACACGCCGACCAACUCGAUCACCUACUCGAUUGCGCAGCCAUCCAAUGGAAGAGUUGUCAAGGUACCGUACUCUAGACUGCGGUACUGUAGGAUUACGGUAGUUGCAGGCGGGUCACAUGGAAGAGGUCAUCUUCAACUUUACCCAAUUCGACAUUGACCAAUCGAACGUCGCAUUUUUGGCCACCAAUCACAGUAACCCGUUUGGCGGAUUCUCGUUCCAUGUGUCCGAUGGAAAGCACAAGGUACGAGCUACCGGUAGAGAUAUCAAAAAGUGGUCAACUGAGAAAAGGUACAAAAUUUGUUAAUGAACAAUUCACUAGUCGACAACUUUUUGAUAUCUCUUCAACCCGCUGAGAUAUAUCGGUUUGAAUGAACAACUCCUGUGCACAGAUCGGUCCCGAAUGGUUCUCCACCGAACUCUCCUCGCCGUCGAACAUUCUUGAGGCGAACGGCCGACUCGUCGCCUCGCCCUCCGCGGCCACCGUCAUCGGAACCGAACUUUUGAGGGCCAACAUGCCGGGCACUCGACCCGACGAAAUUGUGUUCACGAUUCUGAAAGAGCCGCGAUUCGGAGAGGUGCUGGUCGACGGCAUCAAGAAUACGGUAUUCACACAGACUCAGGUAGGCGACGGGUACUGCGUAGGUACUGUGACUAGAGCGCUCUUGUCUUCCAGAUAAACCGCCGUCAAGUCGUCUACUCGACAAUCGGUUUUUCCGAUCAGAACGAGUGGAGCCGACGGGAUUCGUUCUCGUUCCGAGUCCACAAAAACAACUCGGCACAGUUUUUGAAUACCAAUGAGAAGUGCCUGCCUACCUACCUACGUACCUACUUGAUAAUCCUAAAACUAAUUUCUAGGUUCCGUAUCACGACGACCUACGCGGCGCUUUCCGAUAAAGUGCUCGCCAAGUUCAUCUCGACCCGUGCGUUGGUGGUCUCGCGUGGCGGUUCCACUUGCUUCAACCAAUCGCAUCUUGACGUGUCGGCUCUCGCGGACGCCGUCGAUAAAGAGGUACGUGGAACGGAGUUUGAGAGAGCCGGGAAAUUUCGGUUUUGUGGUACACGGAAUGAGAACAUGAGCGCGUAGUUAUGUUGUCUGGCAGCAGAGUUGCCACGGGCCGGGCCGGGCCGAAAUUUUCAAAACUCCGGCCCGGCCCGGCCCGGUUCAAAAAGCGGGAAUCCAAAUUUUGAACUAUUGAUUAAAUAAAAUGUUUGUUUUUCGUAGAACUAACGAAUUUUGCAAGUAUCGAGCAUAAAAAAGAAAUGUAGUUCUCAAAAAUAGUAAUUUCGGAGUGUCGUAGUUUUUUUUUUAAAUUUUGAUCCCCGCAAAAAAAAACGAAAAAAUAGAUUUCCUCCAAAAAUUUGAAUUCGCGCCUUUUGAGCCGGGCCGACCGGGCCGGCCCGUAAUUUGGCAAGUCUGUCUGGCAGUGUUGAGCGGAAUUCCGUCUUCCGUCUUCCGGGAAAAAGUGUUCUUCCGUCUUCCGGGAUUUUUUCUUCUUACCGUAAAAGAGUAAUGGUUUUUCAGAAGCCAUUUACUAGCCCCGAAGAACGCGAAUUUCCACGGGCAGUGACCCAAAUCCAGCAUUUUUGUUGCUUUAGUUAUUUUUUUCAAAAAAAAAACCGGAGAAAAAGGUUCUGCAUUGAUGAUUUUUUUGUUCCGUCUUCCGUCUGCCGUCUUCCGGAUUUCAAAAUUCCAUUUCCGCUCAACUCUGGUGUCUGCCUACAGAUUUACUACGCUUGUUACAAAACACUUUCAAUACGCAUCUUUAUUCAAUCAAAAUGGAGCGCCGACGUUUCGCAACCAACGACAAGUUCAAUCGAGUUCUCAGGGGGACGAUGCACCAGUCUCUGGCGGCGGAUCGUAG